AUGGAAAUCACGAUGGAGGCCGAUUCAAUCUUUGGUCGGCCAUCAACAUGCGGAAUACCUUCAGAGCCGAGUGAGGACGAUGUGCAAAAGUUCUUUAGCGAAUCCAAAUUGGACUCAACUAUGCUUCAGUGCAGCGUGCACAGCUCCACUUACACUGCAAACUUUGAGUUCGUCGACGGGGCGCAAGAAGUGCACUUCGAGCUGUUGGACGUGUCGGAGCAGACGCUGGACACAAUAUGGUCCAUUACCGGACUUCCCAAAGAUGCUCCCGAGCUGUACAGUGAUCCUUCAGUACCAGCCCCAUGCAACCAUCUCGGUGGUUAUGAUCGUGGUGAGGCUUGUAUUUUCGAUUCUACUGUGUUACGAAACAUGUCUUACACGGCGAUCCUGUACGCCUACCUCGAAUUGAUUAUCGGAAGUCUGGAAUUUCAGGACGAUGCGGAGUCAGGCCGACGUCUGAGCAUGAACUCCGGAAUUGCCAGCACUGCUCUGGUGCAGUCGCCGGAGCUCGAGUGGAUCGAUGAUCUCAGCAUCCUCGAUGAAACGUGGUCUGCCCUGCAACAACUCUCAAAGGGGCCCACCAUUACAACAGGCACUCGAGCAACGUUUCAUAACAUUACUAUAAGUCCCUUCAGCGAACCGGAGCUGAACUACAACGAGAGCUCUGCAUUCCGGCCAAACGAAACAGAAGUUACAUUCGCCACCAGAAACAUCAUCUACGUCUACACUCGACAGAAGCUUUGGCUUGCGUACGGAAUUUCCAUUGGGGUCACGCUAUUGACCGUAUUGUUUGGUCUGACAGCCAUCUUCGCCAAUAAAGCGUGCUUCAGCCAUGAGUUCUCUACCUACUUGAGAUUAUCAAGGGGUGCGGAGUUGAGCAUCGGUAUCAAGCAGGAAGACCUGUAUGGAAAGGAUCCACUGCCGGCUUAUGCUGGUCGCGCUGUGAUUCGAUUCGGUCGGCAAGCAGAUGUGGCGGAUUAUCAGGCUCUGCCUCGAUCGUCAGACUAUGAAGGGAAGGUGGGCACCUUGGGUGUGACGGCUCAUGACUUGAGUGAGGCUCACGGACGUCAGCGUGCUUGA